AUGGGUGGAGCUGUCAGUGCAGGACAAGACAUUGAUGAACUAGUUGACAAUCUUAAAGAAGCAAGCUAUAUCAGAUCGCCAGAAGUGGAACGUGUUUUCCGUGUCGUGGAUAGAGCAGAGUAUUUUCCGGAGGGAACAGAGAAGCAUGCUUACAAAGACUUAGCUUGGAAGCAUGGCAAUAUACACCUCUCAGCUCCUUGUAUUUAUUCUCAAGUCCUGGAGUCUCUUGAGCUUAAGGAAGGACUCUCAUUUUUGAAUCUUGGAAGUGGGACAGGCUACUUGUCUACUAUGGUUGGCUUAAUCAUCGGUUCGAAUGGCAUAAAUCAUGGAAUUGAAUUAUUUGAAGAUGUGGUACAGUUUGCAGAGGAGAAACUUGCCAACUUUUUAAAGACAAACCCUUUUUACCAGGGAACCAACUUUAGUGAACCACUUUUUGUUGUUGGAAAUUGUUUAUCUUUGAACACUCAUUACAGACAAUACGAUCGUGUUUACUGUGGUGCAGGUUGUCCUGCUGAAUAUGAGGAUUACAUGAAGUCUCUAGUGCGGGUUGGUGGCAUUUUGGUCAUGCCUUUCCGUGACAAAGUAAGAAAUUCUGUUUUGUGAAUUAUUUUUUGCAUUCAACACCUGGCCCCGGUUGCUCAAACGUUGGAUAGCGUUAUCCACCGGAUAAAUCUCUAUCCACUGGAUAGUGCUAUUAUUGGUUUCCCUAAUACUUAUCCACUAGAUAGCACUAUCCAACGUUUGAACAACCAAGGCCUGGUAGCUUUUGUUGGCAUCCCUGCGCAUCACAGCCCCCCCAAAUUUUUAUAUAUAUUUUAAGACGGUACAGUGGAACCCUGCCUUGCGGCCACCUUGGUAAAAUGUUCACUUGUUAUUACAGCCACUUUUUCUGGCCUCGCAAAAUGGGCAUACAUUGAAUUGUAAAAAACCUUGUUUUUUUUUCACCCCAUUAAUACGGCCACUCCUCAGAAAUUCGAAACUUAAAAUGCCUGUGACAUUCCUUGUGAAAAUCUUUCAAGGAUCUUUAAAGAUCCUCGAAGAUUUGCAUGAAGAUCCUAGUGCAGAUCUUUGAGGAUCUUUAAUAAAAAUCCUUGUUUAAAAUUAACCUCGUUCAAUAAGCAUGGAUGAAAUGAAACAAGUGUGAAAAAUGAGUAAUACAUUCUCGUUCAUUAUGCUUUGAUGAGAUGAAACAAUAGCCUGAAUUUCAUCCGAUUACUUCGAGUCGUUAUCACUCCCUCAGUAACGUCUGAAUCGACUGUCCGUUAAUGCCGUCCAGUAAAGUCACUAAACUGAAUUGUACAUGUGUAAAUAAUUAUGUUUUUUGUUUGCCCUUGGCAGUAUUUAUAGCACUAAUGUCAGUGCGUGGGGCUAAGCAAAUGUCUGAAACAAAUAAUUCAAAUUAAACUUAACAAGGUUAAUAAGAAUCCCAACUGAGGCAAGCUGGCUAGUUGCAAGCAUGAUCAAGGAUUUGAACUUGGGACUACCAAGAACAAAUCUAGCUAGCAGUCAGGGAGGGAACUCGGAGCCUCCAAAUUGCAAGUUUAGCGCUCUAACUAACUGCUCAGCCACACUACAUUAAAUAGGGAACAAAUUAAAACAGUAUCAGUAUUCAUACCUGGGCGGGGCGGGGGGGGCACUUCCUUAUAAGAGGCUAAUGGGGAUGUGCCGCUGGAUGGGGUCGCAUUUUCGUGACUGGAUUGACUAUAAUGGGGUCGCAUUUUCAAUAGAGUUACUAGAAUGGGUUUGCACAUGUUUGGAUUUUUGGGGUAAGAAAGUUGUUCAUAUUUACGGUUAGGAAACGUAUCAAAUGUUAACUGUAGGUGAAAAGUAAAGUGUUCUUCAUUUAAUUUAUUAAAAUAUGUGUCAAUUCAUUUUAGGAUGACUUAUUUUAAAGGAUAUGAUAAAGUAGAUAUAUAAAUAGAAAGUGACUAAGUUGGGAUCGCGGAAAUUACAUAUUUGCCCAAAAGUGACUAAGAUGGGUCUACAAUUGGCCACAAAAUAGACUAUAAUGGGGCAGGGGCUCUGAGAGGCCAGCGGCACAUACCCAGCAAAAAUUAACCCAAGUAACCCCCCGGGUAUUGAUGUAGGUAAAAGAAAGUCAUCAGCAAGGGUUUAAUUUAACGCCUAGUGAGCCAGAUGAAAAUGCUGACAUGUGUGAUACCCUUAAACUUACAGCUGUGCAAACUGCGACGCAUCAGGGAAACUGACUGGGACAUGGAGGAUGUUUUGCCUGUAUCUUUUGCUCCUCUAAUGAACUGCAAAGAAAACAUGAAAGCACCUCCACGGUUUAUUGAAAUACGUAAGUUUAUUAGUUGACUUAUACUACCACAUGAGAAAUUUCUGCAAUUUGAUCGGCUUAGAGCAGUGGUAUUUCAGCUUACAUGUGAAAAUUACAAACCUUUUGUGGGUAGUAGUAUAAACAAAUAAUAGCAUGAUUUGUACGUGAUAUUUGGCAUAAAUACCACUCAUGAUAUUUCAAAAUUGUCUCAAAUUUCACUCGCCCAACAGCUCGUGAAAUUACGUAUAACAAUUUUGAAAUAUCUUUCAUGGUAUUCAUGCCAAAUAUCACUACUAAUCAUGCUAUUACCUAUACUCAUUGAACUUGUGAAGUACAAAAUUUGAAACUAAUAAUGUGCAACCACAGCAGUCAUUGGUAUGUAAUUUGAUCCAAAAUAACAAAAAUUAGUUUUCCACAUAAUAAAAGAAAUUGUGUUUUAUUAACUAGGUUGAUAAAGUCAAUUUGCCAUUGUAAAAAGAUUCAAAAGGUGAUGAGCAAAUUGUUUUUGCCUUUCUUACUCUAAGUUCCCAUAGGUCCACAUUUUCUUUUCAUACCAGUCUCUGCACCUGCAUAAUAAUUUAAGCACCAGGGCCCAGUUGUUGAAAGGCCGAUUAGCGCUAACCUAGGGUUAAGUUUUAACCCUGGUCUCUUUUUCUCAUCAUCAAAAGCAUUUUCUCGGACAAUUUUCCCUAAUCUUUUUAGAGUAGCCAAUCAUCAACUCUGAAUUCAAAUUUUGCGCUAACCCUGGGUUAUCUUAACCCAGCUUUGAACAACCCAGCCCAGGCAUAUUUGGAAGAACACUAAAUGGCCAUACCAUGUGCUGAAUGACUGUGAAGUUUAAUUUAGUGAUUAAGGUUUGGAAACUGAGUUUACAAAUCAAGUUCCAGUUUGGGUAAUUAUGCAGAAUGAACUGAACUUAAAUCAUUCAUUUUCCUAACCUGAAUCACUUACUGUGAAACUCACAGAACCAUGAACACCAGUAAUAUUUCUGGAAUGUCAUUGUGUGGCAAAGCAACAGCUAAUCAGGCAUUGGGUUGCUCGCACAUCCUGAUCUUCAUCAUGUCUAACACAGUUAAUCAUGUUAAUGUUCUUAAAAUAUUUCACAUGUUCAUUGUUCCAUUGAUUCCACAGUAACGUCAGAUGUACUCAGGGCUUGGCAGCCAUUUGGCAUAAUUUCUGGAAAAUACCACUCAGCCUCAUAAUUAUGUAAAGCAUACUGAUACAUACUGGCUCACUUCCACUGUUCAAAAGGGCACAAUUAAUAAAUUAGCAUUUUCACUUGUCACUAAAAAAAAUGAAAGAUUUCUGCAGCUGCCGAUGCUCAAAUUAUAACCUUAUGAUCUUAAUGUCCAACAGCCAGCUCACUAUACUUUUUGUCUUUUAGCUACAAACCCAAGGCCUCUCCAAGAUCUCUGUCGUCUCGUGAUCAGAAAGACCCUUGGACCCCAAGGAAGCAAAAGACUCCAUGGACUUCCUCUUCCUCCAGCACUCAUUAUGUACCUAAACUACUUCCAUGAAUUCAGGCAGGGAUAG